CGUCAGGGGGAUCCUGCGUCAAACUUUCUUAACAGGACUAAUCCUCACGCCACAAACUUUCUUCUCUCUCUCUCCCAUGAAAGAUUCAUACUGCAAAACCGUCUCAGAACUUACCUUUCUCCAUUCCAUCUUCCUCCAUCCCACCUCCUCAUCCCAUUCAUUUCCCUCUUUCUGAUCGUUUUCCAAGGCCUGCGAAGCUUGUUACUCGACACGCCACUCAUCCGAUGGACGAGAGUUCAGAGAACGCCCGCGAAAUUGAUGGCUCUGAGAGGCAGGUGGAAUCGCUGUUCUCACAGGAUCGAGAUUCUAUAUCGAUGACGCUAGGGGAGCCACUAUUGCGUUCCAGUACUGCUAGGAUCAGCACCACCUCUCAGCUCGCCAUUGUUGGUUCCAAUAUCUGUCCGAUUGAGAGUCUUGACUAUGAGAUUAUUGAGAAUGACCUUUUCAUGCAAGACUGGAGGUCCAGAAGAAAGAUCGAGAUAUUUCAGUAUGUUAUCCUCAAAUGGGCACUGUGCCUUCUUAUUGGUUUGGUUACAGGACUCGUUGGCUUCUUCAACAACAUAGCUGUUGAGAAUAUUGCUGGUCGUAAACUUCUGCUGACGAACAAUCUCAUGCUCCAGGAAAAGUACUAUCUGGCUUUUGCAGUAUAUGUGGGUUCCAAUAUUGUUUUAGCCUUUUCUGCUGCCGCACUCUGUGCCUAUAUUGCUCCUGCUGCUGCAGGUUCUGGCAUACCUGAGGUGAAAGCAUACCUCAAUGGUAUAGAUGCUUAUUCUAUAUUGGCUCCAAGUACCUUAUUUGUGAAGAUUUUUGGCUCUAUAUUUGCUGUUGCCGGUGGAUUUGUUGUGGGUAAGGAAGGGCCCAUGGUUCAUACUGGUGCGUGCAUUGCCUCAUUACUGGGACAAGGAGGCUCUCGCAAAUACCGCUUGACCUGGAAGUGGCUGAGAUACUUCAAAAAUGAUAGGGACAGGCGGGAUUUGAUCACGUGUGGUGCAGCAGCUGGUGUGGCAGCUGCCUUUCGAGCUCCAGUUGGUGGCGUUCUCUUUGCACUUGAAGAAGCAGCUUCAUGGUGGAGGAGUGCUCUUCUCUGGAGGACCUUUUUCACUACUGCUGUAGUAGCCGUUGUCUUGAGGGGUUUCAUGGAAUUUUGCCGAGGGGGGCAAUGUGGGUUAUUUGGUGAAGGAGGUCUCAUCAUGUUUAACAUUCAUACAGAAAACUCCACUUAUGGCACUCCAGAUCUUAUUGCAAUUGUUUUACUUGGAGUUAUUGGUGGUGUGUUUGGAAGCCUUUACAACUACCUCGUGGAUAAGGUCCUUCGAACCUACAGCAUCAUAAAUGAGAGAGGUCCUGGAUCGAAAGUCAUUCUUGUUGUUAGCAUUUCCCUUUUGACAACAUGUAUCUCAUUUGGUCUUCCUUGGCUCUCACAAUGUUUACCUUGCCCACCUAACUUGGAAGACGAAUGCCCAACCGUUGGUCGCUCAGGAAACUACAAGAAUUUCCAAUGCCCGCCUGGCCAAUAUAAUGAUCUUGCAUCGCUAUUUUUCAAUACCAAUGAUGAUGUCAUCCGCAACCUGUUCACAUCUGCUACUGACAAGCAAUUUCAGCUCUCCUCACUUUUCAUCUUCUUUACUUCUAUCUAUUUUCUUGGCAUUAUUACUUAUGGCAUUGCCGUGCCCUCGGGGCUCUUCAUUCCUGUAAUACUGGCAGGGGCCUCUUAUGGUCGCAUUGUAGGGAGAUUAUUUGGUUCAGUUGCCACUCUUGAUGUCAGUCUCUAUGCCCUUCUCGGAGCUGCAUCCUUCCUUGGUGGCACUAUGAGAAUGACUGUUUCUCUAUGUGUCAUACUCCUUGAGCUUACUAAUAACCUUUUGAUGCUCCCAUUACUUAUGUUGGUUCUUCUAAUUUCAAAGUCAGUGGCAGAUAUUUUUAAUAAAGGUGUCUAUGAUCAGAUUGUGAAGAUGAAGGGACUACCUUUUAUGGAAGCCCAUGCAGAACCAUUUAUGAGGCAAUUGGUCGCUGGUGGUGUGGCUUCUGGUCCCUUAAUUACGUUCUCUGGGAUUGAGAAGGUCGAUAACAUUAUGCAUGCUUUGAAAAUGACGAACCACAAUGGGUUUCCUGUAAUUGAUGAGCCACCUUUCUCAGAUAGUUCAGAGCUUUGUGGGCUUGUUUUGAGGUCUCAUCUACUUGUUUUGCUUAAAGAGAAAAAAUUUACAAAGAAAAAGACGUCAAUUAGAUCAGAAAUUUUGAGGAGCUUCAAAGCAUAUGAUUUUGCUAAACCUGGUUCUGGCAAAGGAGUGAAACUGGAAGAUUUGGACAUCAACGAGGAGGAGAUGGAAAUGUUUGUUGAUCUUCAUCCCAUCACAAAUACGUCGCCUUACACAGUGGUAGAAACAAUGUCUCUGGCUAAAGCAGCGAUUCUCUUUCACGCUCUUGGCUUGAGGCACUUACUGGUGGUUCCGAAGACACCCGGGAGGCCUCCUAUUGCUGGAAUUCUUACAAGGCACGAUUUCAUGCCGGAAUAUAUUCUGGGACUUUACCCGUAUCUCAACCCUCAUUAGUAGGAAAAAUGAUUCAAGAUUUUAUCAGUUACAACGCGAUGGUGUCCUGAAAUAAUUUCUCCAUGUGGAGCAAGCAAGGUUCGUCCCUUAUUACUUUGCCUUCUGUUGAGUUCUUAUUUUAUGGGAGCAAAAUUCAUCAGUUGUUUUCAGCGUCUAUACCAUUCUGUUGGAAAUUUUGAAGCGGCGUUAUACUACACAAACAGACCUGCAUAUACAGAGCUGUUUAGUGGGUUUCUUUCCCCCCAUUGUUUACAUUUAUUUUUACAUGUCAAUAUCAACUCAUUCAAUCAUUAUUUGUACGAGUAGUCUUCCCCCGUUUCGGUUGAUGCUCUCGAGAAUAAAAUGGUGUGUAAUAUAUAUCCUAUUUCCCGAGCGAGCUAUUAAAUUUCUUCGACAGAUUGUACCAUUUUAUUAUGAGUUAUCCACAUUUUUUCUACUA